AUGAGUCUUUGUUCUAUCAACAAGUGGACGUAUGCAAGAAGCUUACUAAAUGACAUCAAUGCCCAAGGGAAGUACAAAUUACCUAGCAAUACAUGGACAACAAUCAAAGACCUGAACAUUAUUGAGAAACUCAGGGGAUCACGAGGUGGAGUGAAUCAUAGAAGAGUUAUCACUACCAUUCAGUCAAAUACAAAGGAGAAUUUCAAAAACAGCAAACAAACAGGUCCAAACUUUGAUAAUCUUCUGCAUAUAAAAAAGACAGCUUACCAAGUUAAAUUGAAACUUAACUGUGCUUUGUGGAACGCUCGUUCCAUAGCCAGCAAAGUAUCUAGUUUGGUCUCAUGUAUUCAUGAAGACGACUGGAUAAAAUCAAACAAUGAUCCAAUAAUCUCCGAGCUAAACUCCAGUAUAUCUGGAUAUUCUCUCUAUGAAGAAUGCAGAACUGGAAAGAGAGGUGGUGGAGUUGCUGUUCUAGCACGCUCAAAUCUCAAAAUGUUUAGGAGAGAAAAACAUUCCUUUAAAUCUCUUGAAUUACUAGAUCUUGCCUUUAGAUCAGGAAGUGAAAUUUUCCGAUCAAUUUUGGUUAACCGCCCACCCAAUAAAAAGAACCUUGAAGGAGGCAUGCAGAACUUCUUCACAGAAUUUUCAUCCAUUUUAGAGACUGCUAUUACAGCUUCAGGUCAUCUACUCAUCGCAGGCGAUUUUAACAUCCAUGUCGAUAACAAACAAUCCAGAGAUGCUUUACAUCUAUCUGACAUUCUGCUUUCCAGAAAUCUCAAGCAGCAUGUGCAUAAACCAACACACCAAAAAGGCCAUACAAUGGACUUAAUUAUCACCCGAGCUUCUGAGGAAAAUUUCAUUACCUCAGUUGAAGUAAGCGACAGUCUUCAAUCAGAUCAUAGUUUGAUUCGUUUCUCAGUCAAUGUGUCCAAGCCGCCGCCAGUGAAAGUCAAACCCUCACGUCGCAAUCUAAAGGAAAUUAUUCCCUCCGUCUUAAAAGCAAAACUUUUCUCUGCCUUUAACGAUCACUGUUUUGAUGGUGAUGUUGAUUACCUGUGUGAUUACUACACACACUCAGUGGAAUCUAUUCUAGAUGAAAUUGCUCCGGUAAAGACUGUACUUGCUUCUCAAAAACCCAGAGCACCAUGGUUUUGUCUUGAGCACUCUGAGCUACGCAAAACUGUGAGGAAAGCUGAACGUCAGUGGAAAAGCAGUGGUCUGGAAGUACAUCACCAGAUAUUCAAGGGUAAACGUCUAGAAUACUGUCGAAGAGCAGAUGAUAUCAAAUCAUCUUAUCAUUGA